AGGGGGAAUGGCGUCAUGGAGCAGAACACAAAUUUGUGUACAUCGACGAUGUUGGAUUCGGUCGAGGUCGGUGUGAACAGUUGAAGAAAGUGGUGAGGGAGCUGUAUCCAGGUUUGGAAGAAGCGGUGACUAAUUGUUCACUGGACAGCGUAAUGAAGCAAAUCACCUUGGAAGUAUCGUACGAGCGUCUUAUAGAGAAAGAGUACUAUAGUUUCCAUGAUGUUCUCUCCAGACGGUUCAAGCUGGCUGUUUUGGAUAUGGUUGAGCGUAUGAGAAGCGAAGAAACACAACCGGUCACAGAUGAGUCAGAAAGCACUCAGUCACACGGAACUGAUGAACAGCUGACUACCACGCGUCAAUUCGAACCAGCAACACCAGAAACACAACCGGUCACAGAUGAGUCAGAAAGCACUCAGUCACAUGGAACUGAUGAACAGCUGACCACCACGCGUCAAUUCGAACCAACAACACCAGAUGUAUUUCUGGCUGAAUUGGAUCUAAUCGUCAGAGACUGGAACGAAACAAUCACCAAGAGUGGUGACGCUGCAUCAUUACAGAUUUUGGAUGAAUAUUGUCGAGAUUUGAAGAAAGUGGUGAGGGAGCUGUAUCCAGGUUUGGAAGAAGCGGUGACUAAUUGUUCACUGGACAGCGUAAUGAAGCAAAUCACCUUGGAAGUAUCGUACGAGCGUCUUAUAGAGAAAGAGUACUAUAGUUUCAAUAAUGUUCUGUAUAGACGAUUCAAGGUGGCUGUUUUGGAUAUGAUUGAGCGUAUGAAAGUUGGAGAUGUAUUUCUGGCUGAAUUGGAUCUAAUCGUCAGAGACUGGAACGAAACAAUCACCAAGAGUGGUGACGCUGCAUCAUUACAGAUUUUGGAUGAAUAUUGUCGAGAUUUGAAGAAAGUGGUGAGGGAGCUGUAUCCAGGUUUGGAAGAAGCGGUGACUAAUUGUUCACUGGACAGCGUAAUGAAGCAAAUCACCUUGGAAGUAUCGUACGAGCGUCUUAUAGAGAAAGAGUACUAUAGUUUCAAUAAUGUUCUGUAUAGACGAUUCAAGGUGGCUGUUUUGGAUAUGAUUGAGCGUAUGAAAGUUGGAGAAACACAACCGGUCACAGAUGAGUCAGAAAGCACUCAGUCACAUGGAACUGAUGAACAGCUGACUACCACGCGUCAAUUCGAACCAACAACACCAGAAACACAACCGGUCACAGAUGAGUCAGAAAGCACUCAGUCACAUGGAACUGAUGAACAGCUGACUACCACGCGUCAAUUCGAACCAACAACACCAGAAACACAACCGGUCACAGAUGAGUCAGAAAGCACUCAGUCACACGGAACUGAUGAACAGCUGACCACCACGCGUCAAUUCGAACCAGCAACACCAGAUGAGAAGAAGUCCUCCAACCACAUCAAUUUAGCGAUGACCUGGAAUCUUCAGACAAUCAUAAUUUUGAGUUUACUUAUCAUGAUAAUUACAUUUCCAAUGAUUUCAUUGUCAUUCUGGAGAUGUCACUGA